AUGUCGAGAGAAGCUUCUAUAGAGUUAAUUCAGAGCACAACUCCAAAGGAACUUUCAGAACUGUACUGCUCUAUAAGGAGAACUAAAAUCCCAUAUUACUUAGUCAAAGAAGAGGUCCUUCAUGUUCACCCGAGAGUGUCGCUUUUUCAUGAGGUCAUAUCCGAGGACGAUAUCAGAACUUUGAGAAGAUACACUCUUCAACAGGUCAAUAAACCUUCGCCAGCUGAGACUGAAUUCGUCGAUCUUGGAAUGACCAUAUAUCAGUUAAAUGAGAGAAAAUUUAGGAGGUUGUCGGACAAAUUAAGCAGGAGAAUGUCUCUAAUUACAGGACUGAGUACUCACUUAAAGUCGUUACAAUCCGAUGUCGAGGACUUUCAGGUGGUCAAUUACGGAGCGGGUGGUCGAUUUCCUCAGCACAGCGACUGUAGGUCGGAGCCACUAUGGACGAGCACGGACGAUGACCAGCUAUCCCUGUCUCCCUAUAUCAGAUUUUCAGGUGACAACAUAGCUACCUGGAUCAACUUCAUGAAUGAUGUCCGGGAAGGUGGUGCUACAAUAAUGCCAAAUCUGAAAGUCAGAGUAACCCCUGUGAAAGGAUCAGCUUUAUUUUUCUACAAUUACAAACGCAAUGGAAACUGUGAUUUACGUACUCAAUAUGGCACAUGUCCGGUGGCUUUAGGGACGCGGUGGGAUGCUGUAAAAUUGAUUAAACAAGGCGGACAAAUUUUCCGAAGAUUGUGUGAUAUAUCGGUGGAUUAG